AUGCGAAAGCAGGUUGUUACUCUUCGCGUCAGCCCUGGACAGUCCGUGGCUUCCGUCCAGACAUGUAGCUCAUUUUCCACAUUAUGUCCUCAGGCAAGGUUGCAAGUUUCACAUCGUCCUCAAUUUUCUCUACCAACCCUCCCUACUCGCCAAAGCCGCACUUUCCUCACCCAUCUCCGUCAUCAAGCCCAAGCCCUGAAAACACCCCCUACACCCGCCACAUCAGCGAAGACGCCCAGCCCUGAUCUGCAGCUUACGAAUCUUCCUUAUUUCGUCCGUCGUACUGCCUCCAACACGCUCCCUGUCUACACCGAUGUCAAGGCCGGCGGCACUAAGAAGCUCACCAAGAUUCAAAAGACGGAAGGUGAUCUGGACGCACUCCGCAAUGACCUGGCUCUUGCGCUGGGUGUUGCUGAUGGAAACAAACCUAAUCCCGAAGUGACUCUCAACCGACUCACUGGUCACAUCAUUGUCAAGGUAUGUCUCGCAACCGCUGUGGUUUUGUACAGCAGCAAAUACUCAUAUAUCGUACAGGGCUGGCGCAAACCCGAGAUUGUGAAAUUCCUACAGGAGCGGAGAUUUUAA